GUGGUAAUGAUGUUGAAAACUCUCUUUACCUUCACGUGCUUUCUCUCCAUUUUCUUUUUUCAUUUGUAGGUUUCUCUGUACGCGAAAACGAUAAAAUCUGUAGCAAAAGAUAAUGCACCAAGUGAAUAUGAGUUUAGAUUGGCAGCAGAAAUAAGUUUAUAGAGAAUGGGAGGCUGCUGCUGUUGUUCUUCAAAAGGACCUGACUUAAAUGUGACAACAGCAUACUAUUAUUAUCCAAGAGAAUCAGAAGAGCAUGUUCCCCUAUCACCUCAUUAUGGGGCUGCCUCUGCACUUUCCACAGGACUUCUGGUAGAUACUAAUCUAGAAACAUCAGUCCCAGAUGCUUAUAGACCACCUCCUCCACCUAUCCCUUUUGAUGUGGCUUUUGGGCGUCCACAAACUCCCCCAGGAUCUCAAGAGAUUUGCAUAGAUAAGCAUGAUGUAGCAUUGGGAACCCUAAAUUCUGAUUCUGUUGAAGAAACAGUUGGUGGGAAUAUUAAGGAGGCUUCAACUAAGUGCGAGGACUUGAAGGAAGCUGACUCGAAAUCAACCCAACUUGAUGUUGAAUCAACCAAGGACCUAGAAGCAGAGCUUUCCAAGUUGGUCCAGCCAGUUGUUUUAUCAACAGAGGAAGAGGAUGUUUGUCCAACUUGUCUGGAAGAGUACAGCAUAGAGAAUCCUAAAAUUGUCACAAAGUGCGAGCAUCAUUUUCACCUUGCAUGUAUUCUUGAAUGGAUGGAAAGAAGUGACACUUGUCCUGUUUGUGACCAGGAAAUGGUAUUCGAUCCUCCAAUUGAUUAGCUCCUUUAAGCAAGUUUUUGAUGUCGGAUGUUUGAGGAGCAAAGAUCACAAAUACUUCAGACAUUCUGGUUCCCCUCUCUCCCCCUUCCUGUUAACAUUGCUUUUUUCCAUUGUUUGGAAUCAGGCAAUGCUUUUGUUUAUUUGCUUUCUUUGAACGUGAAUAUUUUGAAAGGAAGAAGGAAAAAAAAUGAAGAAAGAAAGAGGGAAGAAAAGGAAAAAAGAAACAAAAAAAAUUAAAAACAUGAAACUUAGAUACAGAUUGGCUUUACCAGUGGUUCAUAUGUGAUGCGUCCUUUCACUUUUAGAUGUCCAAAUCUUGUCGAUAUAACAGCAACUGGCACAAAAGAAACGAGAUGCUAGUUACAUUUAUCAACUGAACAGCCUGAUAGUUACCCAAAAGUCAGAUACCUCUUUGCUGGGUGUCAUAUUUCUGCCUAUUUGCAAUUUAGCCUGUGAAUUUAUGUUGUUUAUUGAUUCUGAAAGUGACGUGAUUUGUUUUUCCUAUUUCUGUGUCAGCGUUUUGAGUUUAGAGGAUUUGUUACUUGUAAAUAUUUUGGGUUUGUCUCUGUUUGAUGGUGGAGGUUUUGAACAGUGCAAGGAUAGCAGAAGAGUCGAUUAAAAUUGAAAGGCCUUUUUUUUUUUUUGUUUUACAUGAAUCAAUAUACUUUUUAAUCA